UUCUGGGAGGUUGAAAUAGUGAGGCAGCCGCUAAGGAGGAGGAACUGUGGGAGGAAACGAGAGGAGGCCGUGUGAAAGGACAACGUGAUGUGAGGAGGACCACGGAGGACAACAGAAGAACGAGGAGAGGAAAGAGGAGCAGAAACAGACCUGCUGCCGUGGAGAGGGGGCAACAGAGCGGUCUUCCUCCAGUGACAGAUCAUGAACUACGUGGGUCAGUUGGCGGGCCAGGUGUUCGUGCAGGUCAAGGAGCUGUACAGAGGACUCAACCCGGCAACUCUGUCAGGAUGUAUAGACGUCAUCGUGGUCUGUCAGCCCGAUGGAUCCCUGCAGUGCUCGCCCUUCCAUGUCCGCUUCGGCAAGAUGGGUGUUCUACGCUCCCGUGAAAAAGUGGUGGACAUAGAGAUCAAUGGGACACCAGUGAGUCUGCAGAUGAAGCUGGGGGAGAAUGGAGAGGCUUUCUUUGUGGAGGAGACAGAGAACACACUGGAAGUGGUUCCAUCCUACUUGGCAACAUCCCCCAUCAUGUCAGUGGGGGAGGAGUUGAUGAAGUCCCAGCUGAGCAGGCGUAGCUCUCGUCACCAUGAAGCCACGCCCUGUGGUUCACUUCCUGUCCAGAACCUGGGACCACAGCAAAGUGAUGGCACGAUGACCAAGAAAAGGAGGAAGAGGAGGAGGAAGGCAAGACCAGAGGGAGGUGCAGGGGCUGGAAGAAGAGAGGGGGGUGAGGAGGAGGAGGAGGAGUUCUCAGAGGACACAGACAUGUUCACCAUGGACCUGAGCUCAGACGAGGACGAGGAGGCCGAUGGUAGCAGGUACAGUGGUCAGGACCACGAAGGCAUCAUCACCAGUCACCACAGCACUGGUUGGAGUAGAGAGGCAGGGGACACUCUGUCCCUCCGCCCCCCCUGUGGUCUGUCCAUCUCCUGUCCUCCACAGACGUCUCACAUCUCAGCUCUCCUCAGCCGUCCUGAUGAUUCUCUGUCCUCCACUCCGAAGAGUGACUCAGAGCUGAACAGUCAGAAUAAAGACAAUCCUGAAAUGUUGUGGACGUGGGGGGAGCUGCCACAGGCUGCCCAGCCGGACUUCCUGACGUCCUGUAAGAACCCCGACCCGUCCACAUCUGUCUCUACAUCAGACUCCACUUACUUCAGAGCUGGCUAUGAUGCUGGACCUCCGUCCCUCACCCACUGUCCCCCCCAGGCCAGUGAGAAAACUGAAUGUAAGACUAAAGAUGGGGGAGGAGACAGAGGGAGGUCUGAGAGAGAGACAGUUCAGAGGUCACCAGUGGAAAACCUGGACUGGUCCUGUGCUGAAGUGGGGGGUCCGACGGUCUGCUCCACAUCCCCCAGGGUUCUCCGUGAUCAUCUGGAGGAAGGUGGGAGUAGACAAAGUCCACCCAGAAGAACCGACUCCCCAUCAAAGAGCAGAGAGAAGAGACGGCAGCUGGUGGGGGCUGAUGGUGUUUACCUGGAGGACAUCACUGAGCUGGCGCCUGAAGUCGCAGCUCUGUACUUCCCCAAAAGUGGGGGGGGCAGUGGGUCAGUGAGAGGAGACCCUGACCCUGACCCAGAGCUCAGUAGAGGUCAGUGUCCACAGUCAGGGAUCAGCAGUGCUGUGGACAGUGGUGUGGACAGUCUGUCUGAUUCGUUAGGAGAGCUCCCCCAUGUGGCCAUUUCUCUGUGUGGAGGUCUGGGGGACAACAGGGAGAUCAUCAGGGAACAUUUCUGGGAGAGAGCAGUUUCCUACAAACAGUUCUCUGAAGAUCCUUCCAUCCUUGAAGACCCAAACCUGGUGGUGAAGAUAGGAAACAAAUACUACAACUGGAGCACGGCCGCUCCAGUCAUGUUGGCCCUGCAGGUCUACCAGAAGCCCCUCCCCCAGGCUUCUGUGGAGACCAUCAUGAAGGAGAAGAUGCCAAAGAAAGGAGGACGCUGGUGGUUCUCCUGGAGGAGCAGGACUACAUCUGAGUCCGUGUCAGAGGGAGGAGUUGAAGGAGAAGGGAGUUCCCUCGCCGUGGCCUCAGUCAACAGGAUGAAGGACGAGUCGUCGUCCAGUGAUGAGGACCUCAGGCCCUCCAGUCAAAGGUCAGGCUGUGGCCAAUCAGAGCUCCUCGCAGGUUCCACCAGCACGUGCUACAAGAAGACUCUGAGGCUGACGUCCCAGCAGCUGUCCAGCCUGCAGCUGAAGGAGGGUCCAAACGAUGUGGUUUUCAGUGUCACCACUCAGUACCAGGGAACCUGUCGCUGCCAUGGUACGAUUUACCUUUGGAACUGGGCCGACAAGAUCAUCAUCUCCGACAUAGAUGGAACCAUCACCAGGUCUGACACUCUGGGUCACAUCCUGCCCACUCUGGGUAAAGACUGGACCCACCAGGGCAUCACUCGGCUCUACAACAGAGUCAGCCAGAACGGCUACAAAUUCAUGUACUGCUCAGCCAGAGCCAUCGGCAUGGCCGACAUGACCCGAGGGUACCUGCACUGGGUCAACGAGAGGGGGACUAUGCUGCCCAUGGGCCCGGUGCUGCUCAGCCCCAGCAGCCUGUUCUCUGCCUUACACAGGGAGAUGAUUGAGAAGAAACCAGAGAAGUUCAAGGUGGAGUGUCUGACGGACAUCAAAAACCUCUUCCAUCCCAACACGGAGCCUUUCUACGCCGCCUUUGGCAACAGAGCCACAGAUGUGUUCUCCUAUAAAGAGGUGGGAGUUCCACUGAACAGGAUCUUCACUGUCAAUCCCAGAGGAGAACUGGUCCAGGAACUGUCCAAGACCAACAUCUCCUCCUUUAGCCACCUCUGUGAUAUGGUGGACCAAGUCUUUCCAUUCUUGGUUCAGGACCUGGGACCAGGUCCUCUAAGCACUGGACCCUCAGGCAAGUGUGAAGCCUGGGGUGGAAGAACCUGCACCCAGGAGGAAGAUGAAGACCCUGAGCCCCUGGAGACCUGCUGAGGAAACCCCUCGGGUCCAGCUCCCAGCCGUCCCCACUGAGUCAGAGUGAUUAGAACUAAGGAAACAGAGGAGCCCACAGGUUAUGGCCCAACUAAGGUGACAAGUUUAAAGUGGUAUUCAGCCACGCAACAGCCUCUAAGGAUGGAAGUAUCACUACAUGUACUACAAAGCUGCUACAAUAUAGUACUUCUUUAAGGAGUUUUUUUUGUUGUUGUUAAAAUAUGUUCAGGAUGCACUGACACUAAGACACUUCAGCUGGAGACAUUAACCUCUGACCUCCAGCCAACAGUCUAUGGACACUGGUGCCACAUCUCCAUCUGCCCCUCAUCCACCUCUGCUCCAGCUUCACUUCGUCUCCACUCCCCCUCUGAUAUUCUCUCUAUUUCCUGUUGUCUACUGACUCUACUUCCUGUUGUCUACUGAUUCUACUUCCUGUGUCCCAGCCUCUUUUUCAUUGGCUGUUGUCCACACAUGCAAAUACAUAUUGUAACAUAUUGUAUAUUGAGACCUUUUGAAACAGGACUGAGGAGGUCGUGAACCCUGGUCCUUGGUCCAGGGCUGAGCUAAAUGUGACCUUUGACACUGAACAGCUGAGAUUAAUGAACUUUUUAGUUUUUCACAUCUAACUUAGGAUUUUAUUUUUAAACAAUGUUUUGUAUUGUUUAUUAUGAAUGAAAAUGUUUUUAAUCUGAACCAGAUAUGAGGCUUUAACACACACACACACACGUGAGUGUCGUCCGGACUCUUCCACAUACUGAACAGUGCAGCUCGUCCUUCAGCCUCAGUCUGACCUCUGACACUCAUUCACUUGUGUGUUUGAGUCAUCAGUUCAGUCUUUGUCCUUCAGCUCCGUCCACUAAUACACUGAAAGAUAUAGUUUUAUUUUUUUAUAUUUCCACAGGUGUGUGUUUCCUCCACCUGUUCCUGCUCCGUCCAUGUGUUUUUAAUGACAUCACAUCCACAUGUAGUUAAACUACAGAACCUCCUCUGUUUUAUUUGACUGACAUUUCUGAAAACAAAACACUCUGAUGUGACUGUACUCUACAUCCUUGGAGCUCAUAUUACCACUGCCUGUAAACUGUAUUUCAAACCUCUGAACCUGUUGUUCAGACAGGAAGAUAAAGAGCAUGCUGUCGUCCCAGUGACCUACAGGAAAUACUUCUGUGAUGUGUCAUAAUUAGACAGUGAAGAAAGACCCAGUCUCUUUAAGAAUGUCCUAAUAAUUUUGCUAAUGCACGAGUGGCUACUAAUGUGGUCUGCAGCCCACUGUGGUCUGCAGACCACCGUUCUGUCAAGGUGGAGAAUAAAUGUCAGAUGAUUGGAAGCCUUUA